AUGGGGCAGGAGAAGGCACGGGCACCUACCGCCUGCGAAAGGAGGAGGACGGACGGAGGUCGAUUUGAGGAUGAGAACAUGGGAACAUGGGAACUCUGCUAUGCCAGUGACUACGGUUCCUUCGAGGACAUCACUGUGCCCUCCAUGCGCUAUACGUUUAGACCCAUCCCAAAGCAUGCUAUAUGCCAGAGCGGAUUGCAGUUCUUCUCAGUUAAAGUCGCCCAACUUAAGAGGAGGAAGGAUCCCUUUUUGCAGUUGACAGGCCCCUCUCGUGCUGUGGUGUUAAUUGAUCCAGUUACUAUCGAAGUUCAACUGAAAGCAAAGUGCAAAACUGAGUCUGAAGAUAAGGUGCUCAACUUCAGUGUCUUUGAAUACCGCCAUCAAGCUUCUUUUGAGGAACCUCCUUUCAUAACUACAAUAUAUACCCGCUGCAAACGAAGUAAACUUGAGUUUGCAGUUGCGCUUCUUGUUCAAUCAGUUGAGGCCACAGUCUGUGUGAGAGUUGUUCGUGGGUCAUGGCCGGAUCAUUUUCGAGGACGAGUCAUGUCCCGUACAGCCAGUAUCAGUCAUGGUGCUAUUUUGCUACUAGAUUCUCGAUAUGGCAGAAUGAAUUUCAACAAGCAUGGUGUAAUUGAGCUUUCGAGAUGUGUUGUUUCUGUGGAACCAGGUGGACAACUGAAAGUUGAUGUGGUGGCUUCACAAGUCGAUGAUGAUAGAAAUGUUGUUGCGCAAGGUCUGGUUGAUUUCAGACCGAAAAUGGCCGGCGUCAGUCAUGGUAUAUGUGACCUAGGCUUCUGUGUGCUGAGAAUCAGCGUUCUUUGGUCCCUUCCCUGCCAUGUUGGUGAGCAUGUGGGCCGGCUUACAAAAUAA